AUGGGCAGCUCCAACAACUCCUCCUCACUUCUCCUUGAUCCGUCGAAAACGUCACCAACUCAGCCUCACGCCUCGUCACCAAGCGGAGCUGCAGAUAAUGAAGGAGAUGGUGGAUAUGGAACUGUCAAUGGGAAAUCUGAGAAGCGAUGUAUUAGCAGCCCUCGAAUCUCGAAUGCUGCCUCCACAGCCAGCCCUGGCCGAACGCAUAGCCGAGAGGGUUCUUCCGUUCGGUCUUCGGUGCCUGAAGACAACACUGCGGUAGAGUCUGAUGCAGAUCCGGAUGGAGGUUCUGAAAAUGGCACAGAUAUCGGCGAGAGCACUCCUCCGUCGAAAAAGAAGAAGGGCCAACGUUUCUUCUGUACAGAUUUCCCCCCGUGUACACUAAGUUUCACGAGAAGCGAACACCUAGCCCGCCAUAUAAGGAAACAUACCGGAGAACGUCCCUUUCAGUGCCAUUGUUCACGGCGCUUCUCACGCCUUGACAAUCUACGACAGCAUGCCCAGACAGUCCAUGUGAACGAAGAUAUACCUGGAGACUCCCUUGCUGCUACGGGAACACGGUUUCAGCGCCAAAUCCGUACCGACCGUGUCAGACCGCCAGGUAGAAACCGUGCUGGUACAGUGGGUAGUCAGGGAGGACAUAGUCGUGGCCAUAGCAGGAAUUUAUCAGCUUCAAGUAUUGCUUCGACAAUGUCUACUUACAGCCAAGCUCAGGAGAUUCGCCGUCGCCCACCACCUUUGAUGAUGGCUGGUGACGGCGCUGCCAGAGCGAGGUUGUCACUUGAUACUAUGCACUCCCCGCCAAAGACGCCUCCCGCUCAAAUCCACGGGAUUCCGUCUCAGUCACCAGGCAGCGCUUUGUUUACACCUGCUUCUGCUACGUAUCCUCCACUGCCAACUGCUCGACCCCCUCCUCCUGUUUCUGGACCUGGCCACCGACGGGGCCAUGUCUCAUUUGACAUGUCUCUUCACCAAAAUCUCACAAAACUUGACAUUCGAGGCAACAAGGAUGCUUCGCAGUGGAGCCAGCAGACAAUCGGUGAGCUACGGAAUAUUGCAUCACAACCGUUUGAUUCCCUCCAGCAAAAAACCGUUGAACCAAUAAUAAAUCGAACUCCAGAUGCAUCCAGGCCCCCUGAGCAGCCUGCCGCUGGUGCAAACUCUAAUGGUCCUACAACGCCUUCCCAGGAUAAAAGACGUGGAUGGUACAACGGUCCUCUCCCAACAUCCACACCCACUGGCCCACUUGCGAACCCAUCUCCUGAAGAUUCAAGCAGUAGCGAAGGGGUAGCAACGCCAUCGGCAUCUGCGCCUGAAUACCAUCCUGCCAUAGUACCUAGUCAUGGUGAUAUCGAAAGGCAUCAUUCACAUAUCCAGACUGAAACUCCGCAUAAUUGGCAGACCUGUGCUCCCCGAGAGCCCCAGUCUACUAACAAUAAUGCCUACCCUGUAUACCCCAAUCCAGAGCCACGACAUGUGUUUUACUCAGGCAGCCCCAAUCAUCCCGCCGGUGGGAUGGCCCGUUUAGAGGCUCUUGUGGCAGUUGCAACCAGCGAAGACAAGGGUACGAGCAAAUUCAUUUGA